GGCAAAAAAAUUGUAAUAAAAGCAACAUUUAACCAGCAUUUUCCGCUAGAGGCGAAAUUUAAAAAUUUCGAAUACAUAUUGUUCGCCUCGCCGCGCUCCUCCAACUCCAAAUCCUCAAGUGAGAACUGAGAAGGAAACUGGAAAGCAAGAGACGCCGCUCCUCUCCGAAAAUGAAGAAAAUCAAUCGUCGAUCGAAGCAGAGAAGCGUCUCGGAUUCGCCAUCAUCAUCAUCAAUCGUUGAUAAUAAGAAAGAUCAUGAUCAAAGAGUUCGAGAUUUGGAGAUCGAAAACGAAGCUCUUAAGAGGGAGAUUGAGGAAUUAAGAUACAAGGUAGUGAAUGUUUCACCAACGUCAGAUGUUGGUGCCCAAAAACUGAAGGAUGACUAUUGUGGGAAGUCAAAUAGUGUGGCAGGACAGGUUGUCGAGUUGAAGAAGAAGCUAGAUGUACUAUCUCAACUCUCCAGUAAAAAGGUUAAAACUGCUGAUGCAGCAAAUAAUUUUCAAGACGAGAUUCAGAAAUUAAAGGCACAAAAGGUUCAGCUUCAAUGCAGAAUGAAGCUAGAGUCCAUGCAGUUCAGGUUAUGUAAGGCUUCACUGGAAAAAGAAAUUCUUCAGCUUAAGAAAGAGCAAAGAAGGAAGGGAUACAAGAUGCAUGUGCUUUUAGCUUUGAACCAGAGGCAAAAGCAUGUUUUGCAACGAAAGACAGAAGAGGCUUUCAUGGUUCGUAAACAGCUAAAAGAGAGAUUGGAAUCAAGAAAGGCUGCCUCUCGCAAAAUAUCUGGAACUAAAAAUGGCAAGACUGUUGGAAUUCAGGGUCAUAAGCAUGGGCUUGAUGUGAAAGUACAGCUGCCUAAAGUAGGCGCUGAAUAUGAAUGUCAAAUGCGAGAGAUGGCUGAUGAGAUCAAAAAACUCGAGUUAGAAUCAGAGAUGAUACCGGAAGAAAAGUCCGGGUACACAUUACGGGAUGAUGAAGGGGCUGUUACAGAAUUGGAGUUAAGAGAUCUUAGAGAAGAAAUGACCAGGCUAAACUGUUUGAUUAGUCAGAUGAACAUGUCAAAGGCACAAGUUGUUCAGAGGGAGAAGAAACAAGUACAUGAAGUUCAAUCUUUAAUUUCUGCGGGGAGUGAGGUAGAUGCCGUUCAAUCUUCUCUUUCGGCUGGGAGUGAUGUUUUUGCAUCAGCCACAGAUGCAUCUGAAACAGAACGUUCUGAAGGAGUUAACAACAUGACAGAGAAACCUGCAUCAGGUGUGUGCUGCUCCUGCAGUAAAAAAUCAUUAUGCAAGACCCUAAAAUGUGGAUGCAGGGCUUUUGGGAGCAGUUGUGGAGCUUCUUGUGGCUGUGCUAUCUCCAAAUGCACAAAUAGAGAUCAACUUCAGAUCAAGUUGGAUUGUUCACCACAAUCAGAAAUGGCUGAUAACAUUGUUAACAGCUCAGGCAAAAAUGGAGAAGUGAAAAGCACCUAUCAAGACAAAACGCUUCCUGAAACUAAAGUUGGCAAGAAAGAUCCUAAGAUGAAUGAAGAUUUGAGGUUGAAAAAGCAGCCAUUACGCGACAUUGGGAAUAUAACGAACAAACACAAUGCUGGGAAACCAAACCGAACGAAGAAAGUGCAGAAGUCAGUUAUUUCAUCUUGAUGUUGUUCCUCCACUUACAUCUUUGUGGAAAAUACCCACAGCCCUAGAACUGCGAAGAAGUACAAUGCACUCCCGAGCCUUGUCAAACGCGCGCAAUCCAGCACUUGGAAUUUGUCUACUAGAUAAGUCAUUGUUUUAGUCCAGUGCAUUAAACUUGGGUGUAGAACUACCAACCUUUUUCUUUAUGGGUGAUAUUCCAUCGUGAAAAUGCCCUUCCAUGGCACUUUUAAAGAUUUUUUCAACAUAAUUCUACAGACCGAAAAAAAAAAAAAAAGGUGAAUUUUUGAAGGGUUCAGGUCUAGAACCUACAGUCUCUAAGAGCAGUCUUGUGAGUACAAAAACUUUGAUGGUAUGUACUACUUCAGCUACCGAAAGCUGAACCAUUUUACUAGAGCAUGUAUAAUGGUUCCGUUUUAUUGGGUGUUAUUAAUGUCAUGCU